AUAGCGUGAGGAGAAAAUGAGGAGGCAUCCAUGUUGAAAUAGACACAAGACAUUGGCUCAACGACUUAUGUUGGACAAAGGCUUUGCUUGCAAGAAAACGGCAAUAGAGAAAUGCUGGUAUUGUCACUGGCAAGACUGUCUGACUCACAGCCCUAGGCAAUUCUUUAAUUUACAAUAGAUGCAACGAUGAGCACAUGCAAGGAGGACAAGGAAAAGGAUAAGAAGAAGUGAGGAAUAAAAGGGAGAGUUGUUCCUCUAAAGAGAUGCCAUCCACAGCAGGCUGUUGUGUAAAAUGAAGUCGACAAGCUUUAUCAGAUGAGAGGCCCUCAGAGACCAAGUUAAAAUUUAGGCGCUCAGAAAUUCCUUGGUAUGCAAGACGUACGCUUUGGAUGCCAUUGGCCGCGAGGCUGUUGCGAGGCAGAGGGGACGUGUUAAACAAAGGGCAUCCAACCCUCUAUGGGAAACUGAGUAAAACGUUUUGCCAGCACCAAAACACAGAAGCUCUGCAAGAUAGAGGGAGAUACAUAAAGUGAACACAAGUGACUUAACGCAUGCUCUGCGUAAACUGGAUGAAGGUGGUGUAAUGGAGGAAUAAGUGGGGAAGAGUAAACAGAGAAGAACGAAAGAAUGAAGACAACUGGAAAGCGAACACACGUUUUCAUCAGUUGUUGUUUAAAUUAAUACAUCACAAACCUGCGACAUGAUUGACAGGAGGCUGCUCCUAUUGGUGUCCCUCUGUUUUGUAGGCGGAGCCUGUGUCACUAAGAUUGUUCGGAGAAGGGGAGUGAGCUCAAUUCACACCCAGCAUACAGGAAAUGGAGCAACUGACCAAUGGGAGACAAGUUUGGAGAGGAAUGGCAAUACAAUGACAAGAAUCAAAGAACUGAUUGGCCCUGAGGAAGUUGAAGAGCAGAUCACAACUCACCAGAGCCAUGGAGCUUCUCCUCUCUUCACCAAGGAAAACUUUGUUGGGUUUAAUGCCAAACCACCUGUACAAAUAAACGAAGACUCUGACCAAGCUGAUAUAAGGGUACAAGCCCCAAUUGAUGACUCUAGAGACAUUUUAGAGUUUAAAAGGGGCAGAAAUAACACAAAGAAAAGUGGAAGAGUUGACAAAUGGAUCCCGAUGCACCACAGGACAACUUCUGGCAUACACUUCAACAGAACCAGAUUCAAAAUCCCCUCAAGAUCCAGAGCAAGUUCAAAUUCUGCUGUUCACACUACAGCGGGUACAAAAGUAUUCACUCCAGAUUCGCCUCGGAAAUUGAACCUGACUGGAAGCUUAUUAAAACUGAUAUCUAAAGAAAACCUCGUACGGAUUGUGAAUUCCCAGCUUCAGAGUGUUCCAGGUCUAAAUAUUCCAGGUAAAAUGAGUCACAGCAGGAAAAGGGAUUUGAUCAACAUGGAUCACACUCAGGUGGAGGCAUUCAAAAUGAAAAAACAAGACAGGAUAGGCAAUCCUGAACUUUAUAACUCGGAUAACCUGACUGCUGAGCUACAUUCAAGUGCUUUUACAAAUACCAGCCUAAAUCCAGAUCAGACCAUUCAUACUCUCUUUAGACAGUUUAGUGGAUUCACUAUGGAUCUAGGUGAGGGGGACAGAAAAACGGAGGUGAGAGGUGCACCUGGCACUGCUUCAUGGAAGUACAAACACUUCACUACUCACUUAGCAUCAACUCCCCAAAGUGAGAUCAUGCCCGUCACGGAGACGAACCCCUUCGCUGGUCAGAGCAAUAUGGGCAUAUCACACACUCCGUCUCAGAUUGACUGGGGACAUCGGCCUGGCGCUUUCAGCUCACUGACUGAGAGGAGUCUUGACGUUAAAAGAGAAUCAGAUCAGAGUGUUCGUAUGCCAUUCGGUACCACUCAGAAUCCAUUGAUUAAAAUUUCAGAACCCAUUGACAGCAGUCACAUCCUAAAACUCCCACCAGAUCCGGAAUGGGGAAGGAAGGAGGUAGAGGAGAGCAGAGAGAUGACUGUGGACUCUCGCCCUGGCAGAGAUGGACGAGGUCUUGUUUUCCAGGAAAUGGAUGAGGAAGAUGAAGAUGAGGAGCGGAAUCAACAAAAAGGGGAAAUCUCUCGAUCCAGAAAACGACGAAGCUGGAUCUGGAACCAGUUCUUUGUCAUUGAGGAGUAUGCUGGUCCAGAACCAGUGCUCAUUGGAAGGCUUCACACUGACAUGGACAGAGGUGAUGGACGCACUAGGUAUGUGCUGCGGGGUGAGGGGGCGGGGUCAGUGUUCGUGAUUGACGAGAAGACGGGCAACAUCCACGUAACCAAGCCCUUGGACCGGGAGGAGAAGGACGAAUACCGGCUGAUUGCCACAGCAACAGACAGUCAGACAGAGCGUGCCCUGGAGCCCUCCUCCCAGUUCAUCAUUAGAGUGCAGGAUAUCAACGACAACCCACCUGUUUUCGAGGAAGGACCCUACAGCGCCACAGUACCCGAGAUGGCAAACAUAGGGACCUCCAUCAUUCAGGUGACGGCUUCAGACGCAGAUGAUCCUACCUAUGGGAACAGUGCGCGGCUGGUGUACACACUUGUUCAGGGGCAGCCGCACUUCUCAGUGGAUGCUCAGACAGGCAUCCUGCGUACUGCAGUUCCAGAUCUAGAUAGAGAAGCACAGGAUCAGUAUCUAGUGGUGCUGCAAGCUAAAGACAUGGGCGGCCAUCUUGGUGGACUGUCAGGAACGACAACGGUUACUGUACGAUUGAUGGAUGUCAAUGACAACCCUCCGCACUUCGUACAAAGUUCCUGGCUAUUCUCUGUGUCAGAGUUGGCGGUGCCAGGGGCGGAGGUGGGUCGGAUCUCAGCAACAGAUGCCGAUUUGGGAGACAAUGCCAAGCUGGAGUACACCAUCCUGGAUGGAGAAUCAGGGGACACCUUUAACAUCACCGGAGCCAACCAAGAGGCUGUGAUCAUUCUGAACAAGGUAGUGGACUAUGAGAGCCGUAGCUCUUACUCUUUCUCAGUGGAGGUUCUGAACCCCAUCGUGGACCCUCGGUUUCUUCGGCGUGGGCCCUUUAAAGACCGUGCUUCGAUCAGAGUGGCCGUGCUGGAUGCAGAUGAGCCCCCUCGUUUCUCACGGGUACGUUACCGAAUGGAUGUGUCUGAGAACUGCCCACCGGCCUGCACAGUGGGACGGGUCAGCGCCGUGGACCCAGAUACGGGACUCACAAACAACAUCAGGUUCUCCAUCGAUCCUCAGUCUGACCCAGAAGCUUUGUUCCGCAUCACUCCAGACACCGGGCUCAUCACUACAGUGACCGAGCUGGACCGUGAGCAUGAGCAGUGGCACAAUAUCACCAUCAUUGCCACACAGAGAGAUAACCCCAGCCAGGUGUCCAGGGUGGUGGUUGCUGUAGAAACGCUGGAUUUAAACGACAAUGCACCCGAGUUGGACAGGCAGUACAACACAGCCAUGUGUGACUCGGCCUCCACAGGACAGGUGGUGCAGGUGUUGCGGGCGAUUGAUAGAGACGAGGGAGGAAAUGACAGCGCCGUCCAUUUUAACAUCCCUCCGGACUCCAACGUUGCCCUCAACUUCAGCAUCAGGGAGAGUGGAGGCCCCACUGCUAGUUUGGUGCUGGCGUCACCUUUGCAGACACUGUCUCGCUCUACUUCUUCCUCCCUCACUCUCUACGUCCCGCUGAUCCUGAGGGACGGGGUCUCUGGUUUGACCAGCACGGGGACAGUCACGGUGUCCGUAUGUCCAUGUCUGAGGGGCGGAGCCCGGGCCGGAGAGAAAGAGAAGCAAAGUGAGGCAGAGUGGGACAGAGAGACGGUUUGUUUGCCCCAGCACUCCUCUUUGCCUUCCCCUGGACUCAGCACUGCUGCCCUGCUGGCCAUUUUAGCCUGUGUGGCCACUCUUUUGGCUGUCAGUGCUUUGUCUCUGUCCCUGCGCAGGCAGAAAAGGGACUCGCUCUCGCCUUUAGAGGAGGAUGAUGUAAGAGAGAACAUCAUCACGUAUGAUGAUGAAGGAGGGGGUGAGGCUGACACGGCUGCGUUCGACAUCACAGCGCUGCAGAGCGCCCCACACAAUGCACGCAGGGGGUACCGCACCCUGGACAGCAGGAACAUACGUUAUUCACAACACAAUCAGGACAAGGCUCGAGCGUAUAGCAGCUGGGCUCAGGCCGGAGUGGUAGACCCCGGGCAGUACAACAGUCAAGGAGCCACUCUAUAUGGGCGCUUUUGCUACAGCAGCCACACCCUCCCAGUGCUGCGUCGCUCACAAGGCCCCUAUGAGCCCGGCAUAUCUGAGUUGGCUUACCGCUUACCUGGGAAUCAACCAGACCACUCUCUAGUCAUUCAAAACCAAGCAGCUGUGGUUGGCCCUUUGGAGCCCGGGGUUAUUUACGUGCCAACAGCAGAGGCCGGUCAUGGCUCUAAAGAAGGGACAGCAUCUCAAGACGGAGCUACCACAUCUGAGGGAGGAACACCAAGGAAAAACGACUCAAAGGAUGAUGCAAGCAGCGAUGCCCAGCAGAGUCGAAGUCAAAGCCAGGAUCUGGAUUGGGUCCAGCCGGACAUGGCCCCCCGCGAGCGGGAGCUGGUGUUGACCCGUUCUGGCUCGAUCGCUGGGCCAGGCCCCACCGGCGGUUGGGUGUGCGACUCCGCCACACUCCCCCGAGCUGGGCGGCACUCCUCGCGGGGCAGUCUUUCCCUAAGUAGAAGCGGUGCUGGGCCUGCUGACUCCAACCAUGCUGGGGUGGCUGACGCUCCCAGUGGAAGCACAGAAAUGCAGUCGGUCAGUGGCAAUUAUGCCACUAUCCUGCAGGGGGAGCAGCAGAGGGACUACCCGGGGACUCUGGGACGGGGCGGGCUGGAGAUGGGCAGCGGAUUUGUGGUGGGAAGGCCCGAGAGAGAGGGCAGCAUUCCACUGAGUGCCGGGAUGUAUCCGGAAGGUGGCGGGUUCAUAGGAGACUGGCACGAACGGGUGGGGAUAACCGGGUACCCACUGGGCAGGAGGGAUAUGACGCCUCAGCUGCUUCCGUAUCCCGGCCAGGGCCGGGGGGCUUUUGGGGGCAUCCUAGGUUAUGGCGGAGCGUGGCCCUCAGCACCUGAUGGGUCAGGAAGAGGAGCUCCUGUCGGAGGUCCUCACUCUCUCGCCCUAAGGGUUGGCGAGUUCCUGCGUCUACGCCUUGCGCAGGUGACCUUCGACCCCUCGCAGCCGCCAUACGACUCAGUGCAGGUGUACGGGCUGGAAGGCACAGGCUCCCGUGCCGGGUCCCUCAGCUCCCUGGACAGCGAGGGAGGCAAAGACGCCGAGAAGGAGGUGUGGGGAUCAGGUCUGGAGGAUUGGGGCCCACAAUUCCAGAAAUUAGCCCAGCUUUUUAGGGAAAGGGAGAAGGAGAGCGGAGAAGAUAAAGAAGGAGAUGCAGAAGCCAGCAAAAAGCACAAGGAUAGGGAAUGGGAAGAGAAGGAGGAGCAGUCUGGAGACGAGGAGCAGGCGAAUGUCUGAGAGAGCGAGAAGGAGAGGGGUUGGGUGGGACAGUGAUUAAAAGGCAACAAGAGCUGGAAUAAUGAAAUGUGAAGGGUAAGGAGGGAGAGACGAAGAGGAAAGGUAAUAAGGGAAGACAGGGAAAAAUGAACACAGAGAGCAAAGGCAGUGGAGAGAGUGAUUGAUGCAAUUUGAAGCAAUAAGUGCUGAAAAGCUGAUGUGUGAGCACAGAGCGGUGUUUCUUUAGCCAGCAUUUAACAUUCCUUAAGUGUGUUUGGCAGUAAGCGAAAAGCAAAGUUCACUGUAUUCCAGAUCACAUUUAAUUACGACAGAGAAAGAAUGAGAUUUCAACUUGAGUUUUCAUGGCAGCGAGCAAGACAAUGGUACCACACGGGAAUGAGAAACGCAAGGCCAGAAUAACACAGAUGAAAAGUUACGGCAACACACGAGAGAGUAGGAAAAUUAAUAUUUGUACAGAAAUUGUUUAUACAUUCACAAAAGCAAGAGAACUGAAUUAUUCAAAAGAAAGCACUGAAUAUUACAGUAAAGUCCUGAAUAAGUGUCUGCACAAAGAUUCUCGGUGUUUACACAUACACACAGACGAAAACAAACACACAUCAAUUUUAAACCCUGCUUGGAAAUUCUGCUUUGCGGAUGUCACAUUGUCAGGGUUCAAAAUGACUCACAUUUUUGCCAAGAACAGAUUGUAUACAAAGUUGCUCUAGAAAAAAAAGAUGACAAAAUUCAAAUGUAUUGACGCUAAAAUUGUGCAAAACAUAUGCACAAACAAUCAUUACUAAAAAAAUCCCACAUUUAAAAAGUCAAGAUGAUUUAUGAGAGCUGACAGAUCUGCUUCAGCUAGAAUGCACUUUUAUACAUGAUGUUCGAAAAUAGAUUACAAAUGUUGUUGUUGUUUUUUUAUUGGAGGAAAAAAAAACAUGAAAAAGAUGUUCUAUGUAAAUGCAUUUAAAUGUAAAUAUCACUGAAUGCCAUUGUGAAAAGUGACAACAGUACUGUAGUCUUCAAGUAACAAAAAAGAUAAUAAAAUGAAAACGAAGGAGAAGAUUAUAUAUUACCCCACAUUGAAAUCCACUGGAUAUAACUGGAAGACACUGGAUUGACUGAAGCAGAGUAAACCCUGCCACAGUACGAUGUCGGAUAUGUUGCUCUUCCCGAACAGAACAUUUAUUUUUACUUGAAUUGAAUGCAGAAGCUCCAAAUAAAUAUAUGUGAAGUCCUUUUUCUGGGUUGAGCCCACACUCUGCAUUGAUAUCCUGAUUAAUAACACUGUUUGUGGCCACAAGGACUCACUGUGACUGGACUGAACCAGAACCACUGUAUCACUGCACAAUCAUGCGCACCAAUACCAGGUGCUUCGUGCAGUACGAACACACACCUUGCCAAACAACCCAACAAAUGUCAUUCUUUGUCAAAAAUGUGAGCCUAAAAAGGUUAUAUGAAAUAUUCAUGUCUAUAUUAUUGUACGGUAAGAAGAAUGAUUAAAGAAAGACAGAUCCCCUGAAGCUUAUUUGAUUAGGACUAAAGGCCCAUUCACACGAAGAGCGAUAGCUAUAACGAUAAUUAGAAAUUAGUGCCCACACCAAUGCAUGUUCUGUUUAUUAUAAGACCGAGCUGCUUUAAAUGCUCAAGCUUUUCCGAUUGGCUGUCAAUGUUUUGGAAAAAAAAUAAUUUUUGAAAGUGAUUCCAACGAUAUCGUUAUAGUUGUGGUAUGGACUUCCCUAUUCUUAUAGAAUUAGAACAAUUAACGUUAUCGCAGUAGUUACUGCUCUUGGUGUAAACCGGCCUUAACGGUUUAAAGAAUUGAAUCCUUCACGUGUCAUUGCCUAUUUUUUUCAGGUAGAUUAGGUCAGUUGUAAACUGGGUGUGGAGUUACUGCAUUCAUCCUGGUUUCUGCCUUCUUAUUGGACUACAUUGAUGUGGCCCCGAGUGGGCCCUGUUGGUACUGAGAUCUCACGAUGGUGUGUACUAAAAAUGUAUUUAUUCUGUUGUAUUUUUUCCUUUUCUUUUUUGUAAAUUUGAAUAAAGACGGUAUGUUUUGAGGUGAUGUAUGCGCGACCUGAUGUGUAUAUGCUCUUUUUUGUAAAGAAAAACU